AUGUCGGAAGAGACACUCGAUCUUCUUUCAUACAAUAUUCCACAUCAUUUAAGACCUGGCACGGAUUUCACGAGCCGUCAAUUGCUAAAUAUGAAUUUGUUGAAAACAUUAUACUACCGACAAUAUUUGACAGUUGUGACACUACAAUGUACGAACCAGGCCCAACACGGUGGCAGAAUCCAACUGAACGAUGGCGUCAACUGCCGUGACAUACGCAUGCGUAUAUUACGCCAAAUGGAUGCUAUAGAGCAGCAGCAACAGAACGAUCUCCAAAGGUUCCACCGUGCCGGACAACGCAAGUUGAAUUAUGAAGACGUUUAUAAUAUGUGGACCAAGAACGACUUGCUCUCAGCACGAGUUUGGCUUGAUGAACGUCUUCCUACUGAGAAUAAUAUCAUUUUCCGCGGCAAUCCCAUCGGGUACACCUCUCUUGUGGAUUCUUUCUGUUUUGGAAUCCUCUCCCAGCAGCAAAUUGCUCAGCUUCAACAUACUAUGUCUGUUUGCAUGGAUGCCACAUACAACAUUACCUGCCGCACUUUUGAUAUCAUGUAUACCAUUGUUAUCUGCGAUCAAUACACGGGAACAGGCUAUCCUGCUGCAUACAUGUUCACGGAACGACCAUUCUGCUGGCCCGAUCAUCCAAUGGUUGACGUUUCUUCGUGA